AUGGCUGCUCUGAAUUGGAUUAUCGGUAUUCUAUAUUCUAUUGAAUUAUUUUUCUUUGAGGACGGUUACGUCUUUGAAACUGAAUCACGUCUUUGUAUGCCGACCACAAAAACAUUCUCCACAUCCAUUUACGCCAUUUUCGUUGGUUUUGUUGUUCCACUUAGCUUGUCUAUUGUUAUUUACAGUAUAAUAUGGUAUCGUGCCCUACAAUCGUCACGACGGAUCGCAAUCGCGGCCUUAGAGGCCCCAAAUGUUGAUAUACCAAAUGCGAGACGUGAAAUGAAGUUGGCUCGAAAUAUGGUGAUUACAGUUGGCCUUUUUGCUGGUGGAGGUACACCAUUCUUAACGCUUGUUCUUUGGCAUAGAAUCAAUCCCAAAAAUCCACCACCAGAAUCAUUUUAUUUACUGAUCCACAAUGAUAUAACAUUUUUUGUUACUCUGAUAACUAUUACGCUCUUUAUGAUGAACAAACAGGUAAAGGAUACUACUCUCACGUAUCUAAAACGCAAACAUCAACGUAUCCAUCCAGAGCUCACUCAACAGCAGACGUUACCCACUACUAGAACAUAACUUAACUACCAGCAUCAGAGAGAUAUUAUUGGCCUUCACAACUUUAGAACUCUAUUCGACAUAAAACUGUGGAACAUUGUGAACUGUGAACUUAUUAAAUGUUUUUAUUCAUACUAAUUCUUUUUUUGCUUGAUUUUGAGUUAAAUAAUGGCUGAUGUCUAUUCUCUACUUGAUGCACUUAAACCCCUCUGCAGAAUAGAAGUCCACCCUAUAAUAGAAGCCCAUCCGGAAUAGAAGCCCAGUCCCAAAGUUAUAGUUUUUCGGACGUAAUAGAAGCCCACUCGAAAUGUGUAUAUAUAGAGAAAUCAAGAAGACAAACAUUCUAUUGAUAAUUUUCAAUUUUUUUAAAUUAAAUGUUCAUGUCAUCAAUCUAUUUCUUUCGUUUUGUAUAUCUUGUUCUUUGACUAUUGAACUUCGUUCGUCAAUUGUGACCGUCGACAAUUUUGUAUAGAAAAAAUAAUUCUUUUUAUUGUGUUCUAAUUUUCGAUAUAAAAACAAUCAUAUAUAUACAUUUUAAUACUUGUAUUGCAACAUUAAUUCUCUGUCGAUUCGUAACAGUAAUUCAUUUUCAUUCAAGUUGUGAAUAAAAACUUAUUUGGAAUGGAAGAAACUCACUUAUUACCAUUACAUUCUUUAACUCAAGAAAUUGAUAUCGAGUCUGACUCUUCAAUUAGUUCAGACGACGAAGUCAUUGAAAAUGUUAUUCAAAUGCUUGAUAAUGUAAUAGAUUUAACGGAUAUUACCAACGAAUUAUAAGACAAUGAAGAAGAUAAUGAUCAACAACAAGCUGAAAUUGACAUUCCAAUAUCUUCCAUGAGUGAUACAACAACUAAUCUGAUUCAACCAACAAAAUCUCAUUACAGCAACGACAAAUCCAUCGAAAAUUCUUCUUCAAAACGUCGAUCUUGGACUGUUCAAGAAAAACUAAAUGUUAUCAAUGCAUUUAAAAAAUGCAAAAAUAUUUCUGAAGUUAGUCGACAACAUCAUUGUGAUCGAAAACAGAUUCUCGAAUGGUUAAAAAAAGAACAACAAUUGUUUCUCAUCAAGGGCCAAAAAAAUGGAAAAAAAGUUGAUCGUAAUUGAAGCCCACCUUCAAACUUAUAAUUUUCAAAACAAAUUAGAAGCCCAGUGGGCUUCUAUUCUGCAGAGAGGUGUGGGUGUGGCUCGGUGAAUCUUCGUCUUCUCAUUACACCCAGCCACCCACACCCACACCCCGCACCCACACCCAUACCCACCCCACCCACACCCACAUCCAUACCCACCCCACCCACACCCAU